UUUGCUUACUGUUGUAAGAUUUUAAAUGAGUCAGUUCAGUGCCUGCGUGAUCAAUAAACUGGGUGGAUGCUUCACAGAUUGCAGUUAAAAAUGGUAGAAAACAUGCUGCCGAGAGUCCUUUUUCUAUGUGGAUUGCUUGUCACCUUUUCACAGUUUGCAUUGGGUUGUCCAUCUAAGUGUAACUGCUUUAAUGAAGUUAAAGUUUUCUGCUCUGGUGAUGCAAUUAUGCAGAUCCCGAUCGAUAUUUCCACCAAUGUCACUGAACUUGUGUUUUUGGAAACAUCCUUACAUACAUUGACAAGGGCAGGCUUUGCAAGAUAUGGAAAUUUAAGAAAGAUAAUUUUUAUCAGCAACUUUAUAAAUAAUAUCAACCCAAAUGCAUUUGAGGGGCUGCUUCAUUUAACCAACUUGGAAAUUUCAGCUAACCCUCUCUCGGAACUAAAACCUGGGAUGCUAAAUGAACUUACAGAACUUCGAAAACUUACCAUCACACACAAUGCCAUCCAAACUGUCCCUUGCGGAUUCUUUGAAAAGACCACAAAACUAGAAAUACUUGCGUUACAAGGUAACAAUAUAUCACACCUUUGUACCUUUCUGUUCAAUCAGCUGGUGAACUUACAAGAACUUAAUCUUGGUUCUAAUGGAAUUGGAAAAUUGUCUACCGAUCUUUUUAAGCCCCUUGUAAACUUGCAUAUUCUCCAUCUGAACAACAACCACAUAACCGAAAUCAGUCACGGUAUCUUUGAUAUGUUGACAAACCUAACUGAAAUAACACUAAAUGGAAAUCAUUUAAGCAGAAUAUACCAUUUUGCUUUUGUAAAAUUGACAUCCUUAAAGAAGUUAACCCUUAGUUCCAACUCAAUAAAACAUCUAUUUUUUAAUCAAUUUUCCACAUUGCACAACCUAACAUGGUUAACUGUUGAGAGAAACCACAUUGAAUUUCUCUCUUCUCGAGUUUUUGAUGUUUUGAAAAACGUAAUACAUCUAUCACUAGGUGGGAACCAACUGAAGGCCAUUCCUGUACAUAUUUUUUCAAGCCUAGUCAAACUGCAAACUUUAGUUCUGUCUAGAAACCUAAUUGAGAAGUUACAGAACACAGCUUUUUUUGGUCUUGAGUCUCUUACCCACCUUUACCUUGACCACAACCAUCUACGCAUUAUUGAUAAAAACACAUUCAAAAAUGUAACUAGUCUAACUACCAUCAAUCUACAGAACAACAGGCUGACCAUGCUUCCAGGGGAUAUAUUUGAUGGAUUAUACAACUUGAUAUCUUUGAACCUUCAAAACAAUCACUGGUGGUGUAACUGUUUAUUGAGUAAUUUUAGAAACUGGAUAAUUGAAAAUCAGGAUUUAACUCAACUUUCAGAUAUGGUUUGCGAGGGGCCACCGCAUCUUCAGGGAAAACUGGUGAAGGUUGUGAAAAUAAGAGAACUUAAUUGUACUCUACCUAGAAAUGUUCCCCAGAACCCAUCUUUUAAGAGUAUAGAGACAGUAGGUACAAAGGUCUCUGUUGGUGAGGAACCUGUCAUAGACUGCAAAGGUCGUUACUCCUAUGAUGGUAGUAUAAAUAUUUUCUGUGAAGUAUUGACAUGUAAAGAUAUUAAUGUUAAAGUGUCUGUAUGGAAUAUGACCACACCAAUCAAACACAGUCAUUUCAACACAAAGGGAGAAGUUUUGUGUCCUGCCAACUUAACCUUCACCAUUACUACUGUAUAAUAUUUAAAUUCUGCCCAGUUCCAGACAUUAAAAUUAUAUUUAAUGUACAAACUUCUAUGUGUCUAUAAAUAAAAAAUAAAAUAAAAAUGAUAGGGCCCUUACACAUGGGGCAGGCUCCAUUGCAGUCCAUCUGCUCAGCGAGGAAUAUGUCCACUGAUCCCUGCUGACUAAGCAGGUGGAUGGCUGGUCCGUGUCUGCUUUGCUUAUGCAUAGCAGACACAGCCCACUCUCCUCUGUGGAUGGUCAGAUGUAAACAGACCACCUGCAAGGAAAAAAAAUGUUUGUUAUAACAGCUUAGCAUUAGCUGGGGUUCACUUUCAAUUUGUUACUGAAUUUAAAUCUCCCAGAGCAUCUAAAACUCCCCUCCCCCAGAUUAACAAUGCUACUGUCCAAAUGUGCCCCCUGUGCUCCUUCAUCUAGAGCGGGGACACUCUAAUGCCCUGU